AUGGCAACGACCACCACAUCUCCCUCCAAACCACCCCACACCCUCGCCAGCCUAUCGACCCUCCUCCUCACCACAACAACCCUCAUCCACGCCCCCCAGAAACCAACACACCCCGCCCUCGCAUCCCACAUCUCCGCCCUCGCUCUGCACCCCACCCUCGAAGCGACACUACACAUCCUCAACGCGGACCUCCCCAGCGCACACUUCCUCGUGCGCCACAUGCAAGCGCCCCCCGCAGUCGAGGGCAUGCUGCUCCACGGCAUCCUACAUAGGUGCGAAGGCGACAUGCGGAACUCGCGGCUCUGGGUUGGCGACGUGGCGGAUAUAUGCGAGGGGUUUGUGCCGAAGAAGAGGGAGGAAGGGGAGAGGCUGGGUGAGGAGGUUAUGCGUGGGAUUGAGGGGCGGGGCAUGGAGAAGGGGUUUUUGGAGCAUGUAUAUGGGGGUGAGAGACCUGAGGGCGUGAUUGAUGAGGUGGAGGCGUGGAGGAAGAUGAAGGGUGCGGGGAAGGAGGAGCAGGGGAGGAAACUGGAGGAGAGUAUACGUGGGGAGUUGGAGCGGGUUUUGGAGUGGUGUAGGAAGAAGUUUGGGGAGGGCGAGUGGGUUGAUGCGACGAGUGCGUGGGUGAAGAAUAGCGAGGAGAUUCAGAAGAUUUCUGAUGACAUGGUUAGUGGAGACAAGGGGUGGCGUAAGUUCUGA